GGGGCGGGGAGGGUGACGAUGCGUCUUUCAAAACUCAUCUCAGCUAGAGAGUGGGCGUUAUUGGAAGGCCUAUGGCAGUGGAGACCUGCUGUAUAUUCUCCGCUCAGGUAUAGUGUUGGAACAGACAGCUCUGCUCAUCUGAGGCCUCUCUCCACCAGCUGUGCAAAAUGUGGAAAACAUCAAGGACCUAAGCAAAAACGAAACCUUUCUGAAAAAAAAUUGAAACGGCACUUUGUGGAUCAUCGAAGAGUGUGUGUGGCCGGAGGAAGAGGCGGCAGCGGUAUUACGUGCUUUCAUAGCGAACCCAGGAAAGAGUUCGGAGGUCCUGACGGUGGAAAUGGAGGAGAUGGAGGGCAUGUUAUUCUGAAAGUUGACAGUGAAGUCAAAUCCUUGGCCUCAGUCCUUUCAGCGUAUCGAGGAUUUGACGGAGAAGGUGGGGGAAGCAAGAACAGUUAUGGGCGCAAUGGGGAUUGCCUCUACAUUAAGGUUCCUCAGGGUACCCUGGUUAAGGAGGAUAAUGAAAUUGUAGCUGAUCUUUCUCAGGCAGGGGAGGAAUACGUUGCAGCUUUUGGAGGACUUGGAGGAAAGGGCAACCGUUUCUUUCUGGCUAACGACAACCGAGCGCCACUGACGCGCACCCUGGGGCAGCCGGGUCAGGCGAGAGUCCUUUACCUGGAGCUCAAGACCAUGGCUCAUGCGGGGAUGGUGGGAUUCCCCAAUGCCGGGAAGUCGUCACUUCUACGAGCGAUUUCCAACGCGCAGCCUGCCGUUGCUUCCUACCCAUUUACCACCCUAAAUCCCCAUGUUGGGAUUGUUCACUAUGAGGACUAUCAACAAUUGGCAGUCGCUGACAUUCCUGGUAUUAUAAGAGGAUCUCAUCAGAACAGAGGCCUGGGGCUUGCUUUCCUACGACACAUUGAGCGCUGCCGUUUUCUGUUGUUUGUGGUGGACCUUUCCACUUCAGAGCCAUGGACACAGCUCGAGGACUUAAAAUAUGAACUAGAAAAAUACGAAGAAGGCUUGUCAAAGAGACCGCAUGCCAUCAUUGGAAAUAAGAUCGAUCUCCCUCAGUCUAAGGCUAAUUUUUCCCUCCUUCAGGCUCAAGUAGAGCGGAAAGUCAUCCCCUUAUCCGCACUAACUGGAGAGAACUUGGAGGAGCUGCUAUUGCACCUGAAAGAACUGUACGAUUGUUAUGUAGAGACAGAAAAGGAAGAAGGACAUAGCCCCCUAAAAUGGUAGGACACACAGAGCUUGUAAAACACACACUAGACUGGUUGAGAGAUCAUCAUCAUCAAUCGUAUUUAUUGAUCGCUUACUGUGUGAAGAGCACUGUACUAAGC